AUGAGUAACAAUUAUACAUCAAUUGAAGCAGAUGAACCAUUGAAUUCUGAUAGACCACCACCACCAUCUUAUACUCAAUCACAAUCACCUCCUGUACAACCACAGCCACCACUUCCAACUGGUACAAUACAUACACCAGUACCACCUCCUACAACAACACAAGAACAGAGUAACAUACCAGAGUCAUUAAUAGAAAGAUUAAGACAAUCGUCACAUCCAAUUGCAUUAUUAUUUUAUAUGACAUUUCGAUUAUUACCAAUAUUUAUUUAUAUAUUUGGUAAUUGGUUUAUUGGAUUUAUAACAACCACUAAUCAAUUUAUAUUACAUUUCAUUAUAUUGAUAUUAUUAAUUUCCAUGGAUUUUUGGAAUCUUAAGAAUAUUAGUGGAAGAUUGUUAGUUGGAUUAAGAUGGUGGAAUGAAACUAAUCCUAUAGACACCAAUACUGGAGAAUUUGAGAAUGUUUGGGUAUUUGAAACUGCUGAUCCUAAUAAAUAUAUUAAUCCAAUUGAUUCAAAAGUAUUUUGGUUAUUAUUAUAUAUUCAACCAAUUGUUUGGAUUAUCUUUGGAUUAUUGGCAUUAUUGAAAUUUCAAUUUUUAUAUUUAUUAUUAAUUGGAAUUGCAAUUUCUUUAUCGUUAACAAAUGCAUUUGCAUUUACAAAAUGUGAUAAAUUUGGUAAAGCAAAUAAAUUUGCUAAUGAUGUAUUUUCAAGAGCAACUGGUUCGAUGUUUUCCAAGAUGAAUCCUUUCAAUUGGACUAGAUAG